CACCCCCGCCACCGCCGCCACCUCCCCCACCAUUUUAUGCUCCACCAUCACCAGCCCCAGCAUCACCAGUACCAGCCCCACCUCCCUCCAAUGAUCUUUACCCCAACUAUACUUUAAUAACUCCACCUCAUUCAACGACAGCCCCACCUCUCACCGCUUCAAGUUACUCAGAUACGAACGCAGUAGGUAAGGGAAAUCAUCAAGUUAGUUUGAUAGUUUAAUAAAAUCGCACUUCUUGCGGUAAAGUUACUGAAUUACAAGGUGAUUACAAGUCUAAAUAGAGGUAUAAAUAUAUACAUGAAUUAAGAUUAGGAAAUCUAACAAAUUAAAAACUUUUUUUCUUAUAGAUACAAUAACAAGCGCCGUGGCUGAUACAACUCACUCUACAACAUCUUCCCCGACACCUAAAGCGCACGACAUGGCUUACGAUGAACUGUUGAAUCAAGUCUCCAAUGAUCCAAUGCCUAACUUGGGGGCAAGUGUCCCGCCAUCUCCUAACCCCGCGCAAACAGCAACCUCGCAAUCUGCAUACGGAAGUUCUUACGCAGCCCCAAGUCAAGCAACAGCAGGUAAACACUAACUCUAUUCAGUAUUGUCAAUAUUUACACACAUUAGAUACAUGGUCAAUAUUUACACACAUUAGAUACAUUGUCAAUAUUUACAGAAGUUAGACACAUUGUCAAUAUUUACACACAUUAGAUACAUUGUUAAGGAUGCGGUACAGUCCGUAUGUAAACAAAGGCUUUGUUUACAUUUUGGUAUCCAAAAUAUUGAAUUUUAUUCGACAACUAUUUAUAUUUUCAUGAUUCUAGAGUAUAAUAAAUUAUCAAGAGACAACAAUCAAGCUUUGCAAGAACAUAAAAUGAAAUAAAAACCUAAAUAAACUGUUUGUAAAUAAAAAGAGGGCUCCUUUGUGCACAUGCGCAGAUCGGACUGUACCGCAUCUUUAAAGAUGUACACAGACUAGACACACUGUCAAUAUUUACACAUUGCAAAGGCCCAGUUUAGACGGCGAGAUUUUCAUGCAGCGAACCAAAUCUAAUUAAAAUACGGCACAAGUUUGGCAACUGAUUUAGAUGUCGGACUUAAUUGAGAUAUAUUUUUUACAGCUGAAAAUGCACUAACGUCUCCCCAAGGUGACUCGACUCAAACUCCCUCUCAAGCGAGUACAACAGCUGCAUAUGGCAGUGCAUCUAACAGCUACAAUGCAUUGAGCUAUGAUUGGUCAAGUUUUGCCGCCUGCUCUACAACGUGUGGUCAGGGGUAUAAGAGACGAAUUCGGAGAUGCGAUGUUCCACAACGCUGCUCGGAUAAGAUCGAGGAAGAUGUUCAACUUUGUUACAAUGCACCUUGUGAAGGUACAAUACAAUACAAUAAAACUUUAUUUUAACACGGUAAAAUCGUCUGUACAUUAAUUAGAUAGAAAAAAAUAAUUACAACUGAUUUCCAAGAUUGCCGUGUGGAAGUCAUUUUACAAAUUAUAGUAAUAAUUUAAGGAAUUCUUAAAUAGUGGUAACGAACGAAGCAUUCGUAUAUUUUGAGGCAGAUUAUUGCAUAAUAAGGCUCCACUAUAACAAAGGCUUCGUUUUAAAUAGUUCGUGGCUUGGGCAAAUUUAGCUUUAUUUCAGAGUUUCUUAAGUUGUACCCAGGUAUGAUUAUAGAGCUUUUUUCAUGGCAACUGCUGACAUAUGGUACAUAUUAAGAUGUGAUAUAAAAUAGAAGAGCUUUGUUUGAAGUUGAAUUGUAUCUCACCGUGCACAAAUCCUUUAUCUCAACUUCAUUAAAAAUUAUUCAUCAUGGUUGUACAUUUCAUCUCAGCUAUCCCUUUUGGAAAGUUACUUAAUAGACCUUACCGAUUAUUCUCUUUUACCCAAUGGCCUCGUUUCCAUGUUAACUUAUUUUAGCACGUUAGGGGCAGAUAAAGAUUAUAUUCCCAUGUUUUCAAUAACAAAGUAAUUUUCAAUCCUGCUAAGCACAAAACAUGAGUAAGUAUUUGACACGAUAGCGAGGCCAUUGGCUGAAAGGGGAUAAUCGGUAACAAAUUUAUUUGUAUUUUAAAGCAUACACUUUAUGAUUUUACUGGUGGCUGAAACCAUGAAUCUUUUAGAUAAAUAAUAAACUGAUUUAUCUCAACUUUUAGGUAUACUAAAGUUAGACAAUGUCUUUCAAUUGAAAAUAGCAACUUUUGUUUACAAAAUUCUAGCAGAAACAAAUGAUGUCCCGUCAGUAUUUGCCAGUAGUAUUAAGGUUGUAUCCGCUCAACACUCUCAUAAUACCAGAUUUGCUAGCAGACAGAAUUUAAGUAGACCAAAAGCACGAACUAAUUAUGGAAUACAAACAUUUAAAUUUAUUUCAUCACAAAUUUGGGAGUCUAUUAAUCCUGAAAUCAAACGAUCAAAUUCAAUGUCAAUAUUUAGAAAAAGAUAUACUCAAUUCCUAAUUAUUUCACAAACACCCCCCUCUAAUUCCUUGAGGCAAUGAUAUUGUAUUUAAUUUGUCAUAUAUAAAUAUCUUGUUAAACUUUCUCUAAAAUAAUUUAAUGAGGCAGUGAUCAACUCGAAAGCUUAUUGCUACUUUGAUCACUGCGUGCAAUAUCUUUUAUAUUUUUUCCCCCUCUUUUUUUCAAUAAUAUUAUGUAUAUAUCUUAUCUAAUUGUCUUUAAAAUUUGUGUGUAAAAAAAAAUUGUACGAAAUUCAUUAAAAAAAAAUUCUAAAUUUUAAUUUUUAAUUCUUUCAGACUUUGGCAACCCUUGGUCAUCGUACAGCAAAUGCAGUAAGUCGUGUGGCGGUGGUCAGCGGUCACGUUCAAGAAGUUGUAUCGGUCGAGUCGCGUGCCCAGCGUCAGGAAGUGAAGUUCAAAACGUACCUUGUCUUGUUUCAAACUGCCCAGGUUCGUUGAAUGUUUUAACAAUGUACCUGUUUUAGCCUGGUUUUGAUAUGCUCGUAAUGCCAGUUUAUAAUAGUUUAUGCCUGUAAACCACAUAUAAAUCAUAAGUAUUCUCUAGGUAUAAUCACUCCGCGUAUUUUCAGUUCUAAAAUGUUGUAUUUCGGCUGAUGAGAAAGAUCGUGACUCAAUCUUUACGACCGUUACAACCAUAUAUGGAAAUCAGGCUUUACUGCUCAUUCAUUACACCCGUGGCCAGAUUUUCAGGGAAGGCGCGAGAAGUGAUUUCAAUAGAGACCUUACGAUUUUAGGACGGCAACGCGACUGCAACGGCUACCAAUACAAUAGAUAUUUUCUGUGUUGGUGUUGUGUACUCAGGUGAAUAUGAUGUUUGUGAUGUUACUCUGAGUGGAUAUACACUCAGAGUAACAUCACAAACAUAAUACAAUAGAUCAUUGAAAAUAAUUGAGCAAUUACAAUGUAUGAAUAAUUCAGACAUUGUCCUCGCUCUAUUUACAACGCCAAAUCACAGAUUUUGACGUCUUGAUACAACGGCUGCAUUCCAAGCCACAACAAGUGCAACUUCAAACUGGGUUUAGCAGAACUCUUCCCAACCAUAACACCCAUGUCUUCAACUUCUAAAACUGCAUUAAAUUCAUACGGUUGAUAAUAUACGACGAACUAUCUUUACUACCAUUUAUUUGAAGGAGUUUGUUUUGGCCGUCGCCGUCCUAAAAUCGUAAGGUCUCUAGUGGUUGUCUGAGGAUACGUUGUUAUAGAUGUGAUUUCUUCCUUAACGUGGGCGAUCUCGUAGGAAUUAUCAAAAUGGGAAUUUUGUGGUGUCCGGGGAUGAGAAAGAUACUUGGGGGUGUUUAAGGAUAUUUUUGGGCCCGCUAUACAAAUUCAAAAUUAUUAUCAUUAUUCAUUUCUUUAGAAAUUGAUUAUUUUCACAGUCAAUAAAUCUAUUCUCUAUACAAACGAAUGUUGAAACGAAUCUAUACAAAUCUCAAAUAAAUCUCUAUCUAUUUAUUCUGUGUUUCUUUUCUAUCUAUUUAUUCUAUGAUUCUGUUUUUUAGUUUUACAUUACGAUUUCAACAAUACAACGCAAGAAGUGAUUCGGGACAUAUCUGGCUACGGGAAUAACGCUUACUUAGAGAACGGCGCUCAAAUCCAGCCCGCGAGCGAUGUUUGCGGGUCCAAGGCGGUCCUCAGCCCGCGAGGAGAUAUUCUCAUGGAGGAUUUUCGUUUGGAAAAUAAACCAAAAGUUGCUAUAAGUAUUGCCGCUCGAAUACGCCUUCAAGAUACGCGAGGUUGGCAUUCAAUAUUCAGCACGGCCAAAACAACGGAUAGUGGGGAAAUACGAGGUUAGUGGCAACAGAGUUGGUUUUCAGCCAAUGCCUGUAGACUGGCCUUGGGUCAAAACAUUCGAAUUAGAUUUAGAAGUGCAUAUGACAUGAGAUUUCUUAUUUUCUUGAAUGGAAGAACUCUUUAAGCUGUAGUGUAACUUAUUUUUCAGUUUCUUGUUUUUAUGGUUUGUUCCCGAGAUAUUUCAAUUUGUUUGAUAUGUAAAUGAGUGUGAAUAUGUCCGCUAAUUUAUGACGUCACUUUGGUUGCAAGCUCAACUUACACUGGUUAUAAAUCUAUUAACUCUAAAAACUGUUGAUGUCAGUUCACAUUUUUCUCCAGUGUUUCAUCACAUUUACCAGUGAGUGAAGUUUGAAAUUAUCAUCUUGGAUUAUAGCAGUGAUAUUUAAUCAAAUUAAAGAGCUUGCAACUAAAAUGACGUCAUAAAUUAGCGGACAUAUUCAUACUUAUUUACAUAUCAAACAAAACUGAAAUAUCUUGGGAACAAACCAUAAAAACAAGAAACUGAAAAAUAAGUUACACUACAGCUUAAAGAGUUCUUUUAUUUAAAAUUCAUGUCAUAUGCACUUCAACGUUAAAAAACAGCCGUAUACUUCAAUUACAAGAUUCACACCUAAAGAGUUUUACUGCAUUCCAUUGUUUACAGGUGGAUUUCAUUUCGAGGUGGACGAUGGGAAGCUACGAUGGUUUCAUCGCAAUCAAGAUGAUCGUGCCGUGUUUGACGUCACAACAUCCGACUCGGUCGUUCGAGCCAACACUUGGCAUCACGUGAUGGGCACGUAUGAUUCUACCGUCGCUCGGGCGAAGGUAAGGUGAAAAAUGAUCUCUUUAAAAAUCUGGAUUGUGGAGGAAAUAUUACGAUUCCGAAUACUUUAAAUGUUGACUAGCAGGAGUGUUUGUAUCACUCAUCUCAAAGCUAUGACUUGAUAGCUUACGGCUAUAAAUGAAAACAAUAGAGGGAAUUGUUGAAGACAAUCUAAUAAUUGAGUGAAUUUCAUAGAAAUAAUAGAUGUCUAUUAUUUCUAGUGAAAUUGCUCAAAAUUUUGAGUCACUAUGGGUGCAAGUUUUUGAGGCAAAAUACUCAGGAUUUUUGCAGUGUAUGCGCAACUAAAAACCAAUGGCUUUCCUAGUUUUUACUCAUAUAUUUCAAUGAAAUCCUGGACUCGGUUGUUCAAAACUGGUUUAGCGCUAACCCUGGGUAAAAUUAAACCUACUGUUUUAGUUUAUGUAUUUCUGCACAUCCAUCUGUUUCAAAACUUCAGAGAAGAAAACUCUUAUCGAACCAGACAAGAUUUCUGAAGAAAUAUUUCCAAGUUUAUAACGAAGCUGUCAGGAAGUUUGCUUUGAAUUUUAGGUUAACCCAGGGUUAAGUUAAUCGGCUUUUGAAGAACCAGCCCCUGUUUUUUUUUUUGUGUUGGUGUUGUGUACUCAGGUGAAUAUGAUGUUUGUGAUGUUAUAUACUCUGCGUGUAUAUCAUAUAGAUAUCUUAUAUACACUAGAUAGUGCAUCUAAUUAUUCUGCAAUUCAAAAAUUGAAGCCGUGAUUGCAGACUCAGGAUAUUCUCACGAAAUGAGAAGACUCGUAUGUUUUCUAUUUCUUAAACAGGGAACUUCUAAACAUUAAGUUAAACCUAUUCCUAAUACAUUUUCAAACUAUUUAAAUGAUGAAAGUUAUUGUUGUUAUUUAAGCGUUUGUUAGCGAGUGGGAAACUUCAACAUGGCCGCCAACUAUUCAAAUGUGGGUAACCGCUGGAAUAUUCUUGGCUUCGAUUUUACUGAGAGAAAUGCGCUAUCUAGUGUAUAUAAGAUAUCUAUGGUGUAUAUCCACACCGGACAAGCUUGAGCAUUAAUCACAAACAUCACCCCUGUUGUUUAAUACAUUUCAAUGAAACACGAUGAUUUUUUACAUUACAGGUGUUCGUCGAUGGCGCUGAGAAAGGUGGCGCUCCGGGCUUUGGUGUUUUAGACACAGACUGGGGAUACAAAGCAUGCAUCGGUACUUUCGAUUUCGACGGAAGAUAUUUGAAUGGCGAACUGGACGAUUUUCAAAUGUUUGAUUACGCCAUCAAGGACAAAUUUCAAAUAGAAAACUUAAUCAAAACAAAAUGUGAAAAACAGCUAGUAAAAAGGUAGUAUAGUAUAUCACAGUGAGAUGCUCAAGUGUCACGGAAAAAGACUGGGCCUAGUUCUACAUACACAUGCAAGAUGUAUCAAAAACGGUUAAACCAACAUUGACGACUGUUAUUGCGCGUUGGGUAUCGUCACAGAGAAGAGAUAAUACAGAGACGAAACAGACAUCUCGAUAACCUGAAUUUUUGUGUCACGCGUUCCACGCAGGUUCCACGCGCCACGCAAAAUCUUCCAGCCAAUGCCGUCGCUGAAAUUUCAUAGCAAAAGAUAGGGAAAACGCCGUUCGAAAGGUGAAAAUCGCUUUUUUUAAAAAAAUGAGAAACCCAUGGAAAUUUUGUUCAAUAAAUUAUUGUAGAAUAACGAUAAGCGAUCACUUUUAUUGAUUUCUUUUUAUUAAAAGUGUUAACAUAACAUUUUAUUUUGCAAAAGUUUGUUUUUUUCCUAUCUACUCCUUAUUAAAAUCGUGAAAAGCACUGGCUGGAGGUUUCAGAUGCUCAUAUAUAAAAAACAAAGCAGCGAAUGAUAUAAAUUCCUCAAAAUAUAACUCUCGCAUAAAAAAAAACAUGAAUACUUCUAUAAUACGUAUAGUUUUUUCUCUGCAUGGUC